UCAUGCUGCUGCCAGGUCCAGAGUGUCUCAUGGGUCCCUGUACGGCCUCCCAUUGCUGCUGUCUCCAUCGCCACACUCUGCCAUGUGCCACUUUCAGGUCUCCUCACACUGCUGGUGGGUUCCAUUUUGUCAUAGGGUGCUGGCAGAUUACGGGCCUCCCAUUGCUGCUGCCAGGCCCGUAAUCUGCCAUGGGCCCCCGUACCGCCUCCUCAUGCUGCUGCCAGGUCCAGAGUGUCUCAUGGGUCCCUGUACGGCCUCCCAUUGCUGCUGUCUCCAUCGCCACACUCUGCCAUGUGCCACUUUCAGGUCUCCUCACACUGCUGGUGGGUUCCAUUUUGUC